AUGUCCUGCCAGCAGAGCCAACAGCAGUGCCAGCCCCCUCCCAAGUGUGCCCCCAAGUGCCCUCCCAAGUGCCAGACACCAAAGUGUCCCCCAAAGUGUCCUCCUAAGUGUCCCCCUAAGUGCCCUCCUGUCUCUUCCUGCUGCAGUCUGGGUUCUGGGGGCUGCUGUGGUUCCAGUUCCGGGGGCUGCUGUGGUUCAAGCUCCGGGGGCUGCUGUGGUUCAAGCUCCGGGGGCUGCUGCAGCUCUGGCGGUGGUGGCUGCUGCCUGAGCCACCACAGGCCCCGCAGAUCUCUCCGUCGCCACCGUCAGAGCUCUGGAUGCUGUAGCAGUGGUGGUAGCAGUGGCUGCUGUGGCAGCAGCAGUGGCAGCAGUGGCUGCUGUGGCAGCAGUGGCUGCUGUGGUGGCAGCAGUGGCGGCAGCAGUUGUGGCAGUAGCCAGCAGUCCGGUGGUUGUUGCUAA